AUGCUGCUUCCCCGUCGCACCGGUAAGCAGUUGGAGCUUAUGCAGACGCUUUUGAUCGCUCUGCCUUCCUUCAUCMUGUUUGGAUACAAUCAGUCGGGAGUAGGAGGAUUGCUUUCUAUUGAGAACUGGGUCAAGACUUUCCCCGAGAUUGACACUCUACACACCACCGGAGCACAAAAGCAGACGAAUAGCACUAUUCAGGGUACGGUUGUCGCUACUUGCACACUCGGGGCUUUAUUUGGUUCUUUAGCUUGUGCGUCCAUCGGUGACAUUCUUGGACGACGAAAGACUGUAUUUCUGGCUGCUGUCUUGACCUUUAUCGGCGAGGUUCUGGAGUGCACGAGCUUUGGACUGGCACAAUUCGUCGUUGGUCGUUUCAUCACUGGUCUGGGUGUCGGAGCUCUGAGCACAACUGUGCCCGUCUGGCAGUCAGAGUGCUCGAGAGCAAUCAACCGUGGACAGCAUGUCGUUAUUGAUGGCCUCUUCAUUACUGUGGGAUAUGUUUUGCAGGCGUGGAUAAACCUUGGCUUCUUCCAGAUCAAGACCGGAUCGCUCUCAUGGCGAAUGCCUUUGGUCAUCCCAGCAAUCAUCUCCCUGAUACUUAUUGCGUCCGUCUAUCUGGUUCCUGAAUCACCUCGCUGGCUUGCAUCAAAGGGUCGUAUGGAGAACGCUCGCCAGAACUUGUCGACACUACGGGAUGCUCCAGUCGACAGUUUCGAAAUCUCGUCCGAGAUAGGUGCCAUUGAAGUCACACUGGAGGCCACCAAAAGUGCCGCUCGGAAACGGGAUCUGUUCAAAAUGGGCGAAGACAAAGUUUUCUACCGCUUCGCUCUCUGCCUUAUCCUGCAAUUCUUCCAGCAAUGGUGCGGUAGCAACCUCAUCUCCUCUUACAGCACUACCAUUUUCGAACAAGGCCUGAGUCUGGACAAGGAGACUGCAAGAAUCCUCUCCGGGGCUUGCCUGACCUGGAAAUUCCUCAGCUCGUUCGUUGCGUUUUUCACCAUCGAUCGCUUUGGACGCAGGAAGCUGUUCAUCUUCAGUGGAUUCGGCAUGUCGAUGUGCAUGACUGCACUGGCCAUCACCAACAGCUUCCCCAAAGAGAACAAGUCGGCACAGAUCGGCUCCGUGUUCUUCGUCUUCUUCUUCAACUUCUUCGUUCCGAUUGGAUUUCUGGGAUGCAACUAUCUCUACGUGACAGAGGUUGCUCCAACCAGAUUACGAAUGCCCAUGACAAGUUUCUCAACUGCCAACCACUGGCUAUGGAACUUCGCCGUCCUCAUGAUCACGCCCGUGGCGAUUGAGAGUCUCGGAUACCAGUACUACAUCCUCUACGCAGUGCUUGGCGGCUGUAUUCCACUCCUCGUCUUCUUCCUGUACCCCGAGACAAUGGGAAGAUCACUCGAUGAUAUGGAGCGGCUGUUCAGAGACCACGAUUCUAUUGCUGGCGUCGUGAAGGCUUCGCUUACGCCGCAGGAUCCUGAGAUUGCUCGACUGGCUGAGGUCGCUGCGAGGAAGGAAUACGACAAUAAAGCGUUUGAUGAUUCGGUGCAGAUCGAGAAGCGGGUUUGA